UGGCUGCUUGGUGUGAAGUGCUGCUUGUUGCCUCAAUGCAGCGCGGCAGAAACUUAGCAAAAUCGCUGAUUGCAGGCAUCGCUGCCCUGCUUUUUGUUGGCAGAGCCUUCACACCCCCAACUCUCGUCAAAGGAGAGAGGACCGACGGGAAAGAAAACACCAAAGUUAUAUCUGAUCUUGCUGCAUGGUCUGAAACCACACCAGACUCACGCCGCCUCCGAUCAGGGAUUGAAAGUAUCCUGCGCGAUCAAGAGGCCUUGCGUGACGAAACUCCAGUGGCCACAGGCGGCACCCUUUUUUCAGUUUUUUCUGCCGCAACGUUGGCAUUCCUUGGUCAAACUUCCUGGGUUGCAGCUGCAGCGCUGCCUGUGAUUGCAAGUGCCAUUUUUUCUUACACGUCAGUGGCGGAAAGCUCUGGAACGAAAUCUCUUGGACUCGGUCGUUGUAGUUUCUCACAGGCACUUGCACAAUCAGCAGAGCAGGAGCGCAAGUUGGCAGUUGCGGAGGCUCCAAAGGCGCUACUACCUUUUGGAGCAGGAUGCACUGCCAUUUUUGCAGCUGCAUGUGUCACUGUCAAGCUAUUCGAAGAAGAUCCAACCAACGCAGGCUUUCUUGCUGCACUUGGCCGAUUUUUUUGUGGCUGUGCAGUCCUCGGAGCGGUGGCAACCAAUGACCAAGCUUUGUUAGUGAAUUCCAAGCUUGCUCCGCAAUUGCGAAACCCCUUCGAGGAUGACGACGAUACAGACGAGAUCCGAGAAAUGGAGGACCGUGAGAUUGAGGUGAAGCUACAAGACCGAGUCCUUCUGGCAGUCUUGGGUGUUGUCGUUUCUUUGCUUCCUCUUGCACUGUUUGAGAAGGCAUACACAAUUGAAGGACUUACAGAAGCAGCUGAUGAGAUUGCGGUGGUUGUGUCUGCAAGUGCUGCCGCAGUCGCGGCUUUGAGCUUUCUAGUUGCAGAAAAGAACUUUGCUGAUGCCGAAAGACGAGUUGCGGCACAAUCCCGGCAGUCAGCCCUGUCGGAGCUCUUUUUCGCUCAGGCACAGGCGGAUUCUGCCAUUUUGGGAGCCAAUACUGCUAUGAGUGCCAGCAGCUUGGGGAUUGCCUCCGUUGCGGCAGAAUUCUCCAAGACGCUUGCUUCUGUCUCAGUGUGGCCUGCUGUGGCUAGCACUUUCUGGUCCACGGUGAGUGCAGUGACUUCCCGCUCUGAAGCAGAUGCCGCGUACCUUGAGCGUGAAGCAGCCAAACGUGCCAUGGCAGGUGUCGAGGCAAAUGUGGACACAAUCGAUGCUGCGGUCAGCGAGUUCAAGGAUCUUCAACGUGAUUUUACACAAGACGACGUCACGGACGAUAUUCGUAGUCAGUUGAAGGCCUUGGACCUAGGAGAAAGACGGGAGUUCCGUGGAUUGUCCAGAGAUCAACGACGCAAAGUCCAUCUGCUUGCCGGAGAACUUGGCAUGCUUUCGCAGUCCUUCACCUCUGCAGGUUCUGCUGGCAAAAAAGCAAGAAAUGUCGUGGUCACGAAUCCACCUUCGCAGGCUCUGCUUCAGCCGAGGUCAACAGUUGAAUCAGACAUACAAAAGUUUACUGACGAUUUGGGUGAGGAGGCCAACGCAAUCCAGAAAACUCUGCAGGAAAGUGGCUGGCAAGUUGCCUCGGUGGCAGGCGUCUUUGUUUUGGGCAGUCUGGCUUCCCCUUUGCUUCUGAGCAACGUGGGAGGAGCUGAGCUUUUGCUGCCACUUGCAACAGGAACUGUGGGACUAGCCACAGCGUGGCAGGAAACUGCAGGCAAAUCUGCAGUCGCUGUGGCGAAAAGGCAGACAGCAUUUCUUCUCACGAAAGAAGCUCGGGCAGAGACGUUCUUGGGCCGAGGUCACCUUGCAUACGCUGCGUUCCCGACCGAUGUUGCUAUUGCAACGCUUGCCACAAUUGCCACAGGGCUCUCUAGUGUGCUCAACCUGACACAACUCUGGAAGUCUCUUGUCAUGCUGAUGGUCAUCCCAGCCUACACGGCCUGUUCGGUCGCGAUGCAACGUCGACGAAAAGUCGAAAGAUUUGUUGCGGCGUCUAUGAGAUGUGUUGAUGCUGCGCCCAUUCCUCCACCCAAGAGGUUCUGGAAGCAGAGAUGGUGGAUGAUUCCAGCUGCACUUGCUGUGAGUUUUCCUUGCGACCUCUACGGGCGAGCAACCAUUGCCUGUGCCGCCUUUGCUGCCGAAAUUGCCAUUGCUAUGGCAGAAAGUUCUAUGCAGUUGGCAAACGCCACAGGCAGUGUCGCCAGAGCAGGUUGCGUUGUCGCCACGGCUGAUGCUUGGUCACAGCUGGCCCAGUUUUCCACCAGAGCCUUGCCAUACCGAACUGCUCUUGCCGUCGUGAGCACUUUGAUUGCCACCGCGUUGGUAGAGUAUUCCCUGCCAGUGUGUGCUUUGUUCCCAGCCUUGGGAGCUGCUGUGUUUGCCCGCUCCUUCGAUGUGAACAGGCAGUCCCAGAAAGCUUCUCAACAGCUGGCGGAGGACGUAAGGGACAUGCAAGUCCUCCGAAAGGUGGAACCCUGGCCCUUGCUCCGGCAAGUUUCAGACUUUUCAGUGGAACCGAGCCGUCUGCCUCUGCUGCAAACGACUGGUAGGAAGGGCACUGGAAUCGGAGUUCUUUCCCCUCGGAAUUUGUUCCAGAGAGCAAAACGAGGAUUGGGGAGGCUAACACUUUGGGAAGAUACUAGCCCGGCUGAAGCCUACAAACCAGCAGCCUCGGAUCAGGCAGUGAAGAGUGUUCAAUCAGAUCUCAAUGAGAUCCGGUCUUUAACAAGGUACACAAGGCGGGGAUGGUUCCGCACCUUCUCAAUUGUGGGAGUCCUCUCUUUGGCAUGCGUUCUACAGCCCUGGCUUGUCUUCUCAGCCAGUGAGGUCGUGCUACCAGUUGCUGGUGCUCUGCUGACCAUUUUUGUGGCAGCAUCUGAAAGUGAUGCUCGGCGUGCUGCUGCUGCUUCCAAGGUGAGGGCUGCAGAUUUGAAGUCUGUCACGAGUACCAUGGAGGAGUUCCUUGCUUCUGGAAUGCAAUUUCGGUCAUUCCUUCUCGCUUUUGCUGGAGUCACCGCUGCCUCUUGUGUAGUCUCAUUGGUUCCGAUCAAGCCAUGGUAUUUGACAUCCAGGACUGAAUGGGUAGAAGUUGCGCAAAAUUGCUGGAGCUUCGGACUUGUGGCAUUCCACUGCGAACAGUCAUCCGGGAGAGACCUGCGCACGAGCUCACACACUCAGGAUUUCACAUCGGUCGACCCCGCUUCGAGAAAGGCUGCUGCUGCAGCAAGUGCCUUGCCUUUCCAGGCAGUGCGAAUGUGGACAUCAAAGGUGCAGUCUGAGAUGCCAUCCUCAAGGUCUGACAUCAAACUACCACCUCUGCGGCCUGGUGUUGUUUCGGAGAGACCACUGCCGAAAGGUUCACGUUGGCGCGACCUGUGGAGCAAGAGUCGAUGGAGUCUGAUGCUCCCUCUGCUUGCAGCCCUACCUGGUGUGCUGCUUGGGUUUUUCCCUUCGAGCAGGCCGUUUGAGCACAGGGCUGUUGCAUCAACUGCGGGAAGCAGCUUUGUUGUCGCAGGCAUGCUCUUCCUGGCAGAGCGUGCUCUUUUCCGUGCGGAACUGCUCAUCGCAAGCCGCCGGAUUGCUUUUGCGCUCACGGACACAUUGGCAAACGAGGCUGAGCAGCAAAGCGCUUUGCUACCAGUAGCGACAGCGGCCACGAUUGCCAUUUCUGGAGCUGUUACAUUUGGGGUCGAACUGAAUCCCUUUGCGGCUUCAGCGCUUGCACUCGUACAGGCUGUGACAUGGAUCUUGGCCUCGAGAAAAGCUCUUCAAGCAAGAUAUGGAAGCAAUGCAGCCAUUCAGGCUGCCACUGUGACGGAAAACCGAAUGGUUCGUCCUGGGCGUCCUCUAAAGGAUGAGACCUCUCGGCGGUCCGGGAAAUGGCGAAGCUUUGUGAGCAGUUUUAGUCGACCAAUGCCGUGACACGGCCAAGGGGCCAUGAGUCAUAGCAGUCUGAGAAGAACUCUAUGGUUUUUAUAUCUACUUAGAAAUUUUCUUGUGGAUUUUUCGAAAA